UGUGAUUCCGUUAUCAUGAACCCUUCAUUAUUUCUUUUUAAUAUAACACAUGUAAUUAUAUGGGUGUAUAACUAGUAUAAAAAUAUACAUCAUUAUCGUCAUCAUAUAUUGACUACUCGGUAGAAUCUAACUUUCUUAUUACCAUUGAAAUACUUAAACAGGUGGGGAAUGUAUUGGUCAAAUAAGACAGCAAACUUCAGUUUAGUCUUAGCAGUAUCUUGAUGAACAUGUUAUACGUAACUAAUAUGUGAUCAUACAUAUAUAAUGAAAAUCAAUUAUAAAAAGUUUUCUUUAAUUUUAAAUAUUCUAUUUGAAUAAAGAAGAAAAGCAACUACCAAAGAAAAAAAAUAUCUCAAAGGAUUUUAACGUUCCAUCAUUGUAUUCGAUCGUUUUUUAAUUAACAGUGAUUAUGUGUGUAUUACCUUUUAUUUUUAUUUUUAAUCGUAACGAGCCUGUUUCGUUUGGCAACAUAAAAUAACAAAAAAUUGUACGAAAUGAGACAUAUUAUAUUCGAAUUUUUAUGGCUCAUUAUUAUACCGCCAUUAGUUGAUGUCAAUACAAGGGUACUAACAACAACUGAGUCAAGUGCAGACUAUCUUCAAAAAGUUAUGUUGGAACUACAACAAUUUCAUUCACCUACGAUACCAAAUACGUAUAUUGAAUCUACUGGAAAUCUUCAAUCUAAUAAUUUUCAACAGCAUAAUCAAAAUCAAAACUACUCAAUUCAAAAUCAACUUUCUCAAAUGCAACAAUACGAUCAAAUAUUUCGUAAUGACGAUUUUCGAAACUCGAAAACAUCGUCCCAUAAAAAAAUUGAUUUACAAUAUUCCGGAUCGGAUAAUGUACCACAAUAUUACGAGAUUCGCUCUCCCACGUUAGUUAGCGCGACAAAUUUGAAAGAUGGUAGAUUACUUGCGGAACUCGCUGCAAUCUAUAAAAAUGCAUUGAAAAAAGGACCAUUUGUCAGUGUAUCGUCCUCGUCAAAUGUUCUUUCUUCUGACAAGAAACCUCAAAUCGUAGAGACUCAUCUUGAAUUACCAAUUAGGCAACCGGCGUAUCAUCAUUAUUAUUUUUUUCCAUUAAAAACAUUUGAAAAUGAAAUGAAUAAAAAUGAUGAACACCAUUUUAUGAGUACACAUAAUAUCGAUAACGUUGCCGAAGGUGCAUCUCAAAAACAAUUAAGCAAUCCACUUUUUAUAGCCAUAAGUACAUUCGUCAGUAUAGCUCUUUUAUUUAUGAUGGGAAUUCUAUUUUUACCAAAACUUCACCAAUAUAGCAUUUUCUCAACAAGAGGAAUUCAAGACGAUUUUCUUUAUUUAACUAAUAUCGUUAUGGGUGCUAUUGAUAAAUUUGAGGACUAAAAUAUAUUUCAUCGAAUUAUUUUACACAGAUUAAAUCAUAUACGUAUUAAGAAACAAGAAAAAUAUGGGGAGAUCAAGAAUGUAGUAGAAUAUUUAAGACUGUUUAUUAUCACUGGUUUUUGUAAUGGUUUACAUCAACAAUGAAUACAGGCGUAAUUCUUGAAUGAUUUUGAAACAGUCUCAUUUUAAAGAUGAAAGUUUAAGUGAGGAUUUUUAAUACUCAAAUUUUUUGAUUCAUUCCAAACACAAGUAAACGUAUUUCACUCACACAGAAAAGCUACGAAACUUAC